AUGAGUUAUUCGAAUAAAGAGAAUAUAGAUGAUACUUAGAUAUUAGUAGAUCAAGAAGAAGUGCUUGAAUUCGUAAAGUAAAUGAAAAUGAUGAACAAAUAAUUUAUUUUGUAAAUCAAACAACUGAUUCGAGAGAAAGAAGAAUAUAAAUUUUUGAUUUAGGAACUGCAUUGUUAAUUAUAAAGAAAGAGUGAAUAGUUAUAACAAUAGGAGUUGAUAAUUUAAGAGUGUGAACUAUAGGUAGCAUUUGUAUAGGUUAUUGUAGUUAGAGUCAUGCAGGUCGAAUUAUGAAGAACAAGUUAAUCGGUUAGAAAUAGAGUUGAAAUUAAAUUAAAUGGUUUUUUAGAUUGAAUUGAGUUAGCAAAAAUAAGAGAUAGUUGAUUUGAGUGAUAAAUUGAAAAGCACUUAAUAAGGUUACUCAACUACUGUGGCUACUUCAUUUUUAUAAACAUCUUUUAAUUAGAAAUAAGAUAGUUUAUUCAAAGUAUGAUUAGUUAAAUAAAAUUAGGAUAGUCAUACAUUAGAGAGUGUAGGAUAGACAGAAGGAGAUUAAAGCAUAAUGUCUCAUAAAAAUAAAGGGUAAAGAAUGAUGUUGAAGAUAAUGUAAGAUCCAAUAAGCAAUUUAAAGAAAUAGAAAGAAUUAAUUAAGCGGGAAAUUACUUAAUGGUAAGAUGAAUUUCUAAAGAAAGAAGGUAGACCACCUUCCUUUAAUGAUAAAUAAUCAAUUAGUACUAAGUUUUAUUAGUAUACUAUAUUGAAAAAACAAUUAAAUGAUCGUAGCACUUUCAUAUAGGAUAGUACAGAUUCCAAGAAUGUUGGAGUUCAAUGCAAUUUGAUGGAUCCAUAAUAAACACUUUAAAUGCAAGAACUAUUGAAAUAGAAAACUAAUGAAAUUAAGAGAUUGAGUUUUUAAUUAGAAGAUUUAAAAGGGAAAGUGAAGGUUUAUUGUAGAGUAAGACCCUCAAAUAGUUUAGAUAAAUUAAAAGGUAUUAUUUUAAUAUAUAAAUUAGAUUGUGAAGUUUAAUUCAUAGAUGAAUAACAUAUUUUAUUAAAAUAAAAAAUGUUUAAUUUUGAUAUUUGCUUUAAUUAAUAAUCUACAUAGAAAGAUAUGUAUGAAGAAAUAUAAUAAUCUCUUCAAGCAAUAUUUCAUGGUUAUAAUUUGUGUAUUUUUGCUUAUGGUUAAACUGGAAGUGGUAAGACAUACACUAUGUUUGGUACAAAAUAAUAACCUGGAGUUAUUCCAAAUUUAAUAGAUGAAAUCUAUUAAUACAUAAAAAGAAGCAAUCUAGAUUGUUCAAUAAUAGUUAGUUCUCUUGAAAUUUAUAAGGAAAAUAUCAUUGAUUUAUUAAAUGAUUAAUAGAGUUCUCAAAGUUUGGAACUUAAGGAAAAUGCAAAUGGAUAGGUUUUUGUUUAAAAUCUUACUAACAUUAAAGUAUAAAAUAUGCAUGAACUAAUGAAUUUGAUUGAAUUUGCAUCCUCCAGAAGAAAAUAAGGUUUAACUGAAAUGAAUGAUUCUAGUUCAAGAUCUCAUAUGUGCACUUAACUUAUAGUUGAAACUUUUAAUAAAAUUACAUAAUAAGUAUGUAAAUUAAAUAAAUUUAUAGAAAUUCAUUAGUAGAGUAAAUUUAAUUGAUUUGGCUGGUUCAGAAAGAUGUAAUAAAUCAAGACUUAAACCAAAUUAAUUAGAAGAAGCUAAAUUCAUAAAUAAAAGUCUUUCUGCUCUUAAUGAUGUGAUGAUUGCUUUAUCAACAAAGAGUAGUUUUAUUCCCUAUAGAAAUAGCAAACUCACAUAUUUAAUGAGAGAUUCCUUAGGAGGAAAUGUAUUUUCAAUUUAUUAUUAUAGUCUAAAACAAUUAUGAUUAUAAAUAUUUCGCCAUCCUUUAUUAACUUAGAUGAAUCAUUAAGUUCAUUGUAAUAUGGAUAGAAAGUUAAAUAAAUUACUAAUUAACCAAUUAAGAAUGUUGAACCAGUGGAUCAAUUAAAAAAAUUAUAAAAAGUAUGUAGUUAGCAUGAUGAAAGUGCGUAAUUAAGAUAAUAAAAGUGA